AUGGAUCGCUUGAUCGAGAGGGUCAGUCCUGUCAAUACCACUUCUCGCCAGUCCAUUACACCUUAUCCUCCGCAUCCAGGUAGCAGACCAGCACGGACAAGGACAACCAGCGCGGACAACGUCCCUUGCUGGAACUGGAACAAUGACCACAACGAGGCUCUCGGGUAUACUGAUGCUGACCCUCGUUUUGAAGGCUUUGCUCUCAACUUGUCUCCUAGUCAUUUACUAAUGCCCAAGGAAAAUCUGCUCGCGAUGGGCCGUCUCUACCUCGCGUGGUGUCACGGGCAGCCUAUUGCCUUGUUCGAUCCCGAGACAUUUCUCGAUUCCCUCCCUUUUCGGGACAUGGAGCUCAUUCUUUCCCUGCAGGCCCUUAGUCUCCGGUAUCCUCCAAGUACACUGACGCCCCAGAAGCGUGAAAAAUUGGAUGCCAUGGAGCGGGAGUCGAGGAGCGCCGUCAUGAAUCGCAUCGCAAGCUCAGCCGUCGAGCUUUCCACAUUACAGACUCUUUGUAUACUGAGCAUGGUUGAGUUUGCAGACGGAAAAAUUGCACAGGCAGGCCUGCACGUGGCCAUUGCAAGCCACUUAGCCCAAAGUGUUCAGUCCAACAGUAUGCUAGGCGACGCUGGCGAGUUUGGCGACUGCGUCUGCAGCAUCAGGAUGCUGCAGAACCUCCAAGGUUGCAUCGCGCCGGCCACGGGUCCUGGCAGCGCCCUCAUCGGCGGGCAGCCACCGCCCAUCUCACAGAUACACGCCGCAGCCCUCUCCGGCCGUGAACCGGCCGGAUCAGUGCACAAUCCAGGAAGCAGCCAGAUGGACGAGGGCAUCAUGAAAUACGUGCUAGAGCUCAGCGAGGCGUGGCGUAUGGCCCGGUCCUACGCAGCCUGCCGCGUGGGCUCGGACGCGCCGCCGCCCUGGAACCAGCAUUCUGACUACUCUUGCGUUAUGAACUUGCAUCUCGAGUUUGACUGUCGCGUGCCCCUGCGGUAUCGCUUCGCGGCAAACAAGUUUGCCGAGCACGACUCCAACGACUUGGAGCGGAAUCGGGACUACUGGGGUCCGUGGCUGUAUAUCCAAAUCAUUUACGCCGUGAUUCCGUGCAUUGUCAACCACCCGUUUCUACUGUCCAUGCGCUUGAAGAAUUUUCGACAAACUCUACCCCAGUCUUUUAUCCAUCACUCCUUCGAGUACAUCAACCGCCACGCGGGAUGGAUCAUGUACUUUGUCGACAUGCUGGAGAAGAAGGCGUUCCAGAUGGCGGACCCGGCGAUGGCGCACUGCAUUGCAGUCGUAGCGACGAUACACUUGCAGCACAGCUUUGUCAAGGACAGGCCGCUACGAGACAAGGCGCAGCAAGGGUUUGAGAAAUGUAUUCGUUUUCUGCGGCGUAUGGGUGGCACGUGGCCCUACAUCUCUACCAUGGCAAACAACUUGGCUAAGCUGAGAGAAAGCGUGGGUUUGCUGUCGUCGCCGGGCGCAUCGACUACAGACUUCCCUCAGGAUCGCGACUCGUUUUCAAUCGACGCCCAGCUGCUCUGGGACAUUCUCGUCUAUGAGCGAGCCGGCCGGCCCGACGCCGGCGCCGACCAGUCCAUAUUUGGCAAGACGCUCAAGGUCGGCACCGCGACGCGCCAAGACGACGUGCGCGCGGCCGCAGAGUUUGACCUGGUCGGCUCCGCGGGCAUAUCCGGCCACAAGACCGUGUCCAAGGAAACGCCGGCCUACGCACCCGACGAGGACGCGUCGCCCACACCCGGUAUGCUGCUGAGCAGGAACACCGCGGACAAGGUGGGGGACGGGACGGCGGCCAUGCUCGUGUCGGUGCAGGAUCGCUUCUUUGAAGGAAUUGGGGGCCUGCAUGGCGAGGAGCAUCUGUUCCUGCAGGCGAAUGACUUUGGCAAGGCGAUUGAUACCUGGCUCAGCCAUGAUGCAUGGUGA